UCAGGCCUAGGAACCUCCCGCAUUUCGCUUGGACCCCGCGAUCCUCCCCUCAGCGCGGGAGACGGAAAGCCGAGCGCCAGCGCUACUGGUUGCAAGGCCACAAAACAUGGAACAUGGCGCAUGCAAUGUCAUCUACAUUGAUAGGCGGGCAAAUGACGAACAUGUGCGAAGAGACUCCCUCUCCAAUUCGCUUGCGACUCGGACAAGCACAGGCAGUUACUCGCCCGGCUACUUCAGCAUGGGCAAAUCGCCUCCUCCCGAAAUAAGUGCCAAUGUCGAAACCAUCAUGUCCACUUUCAACCAAGUACAUAUUUGCGGGUCCGGCGCCAGCUGUCUUACCAAGAUCUCAGACCUACAGAACACCUCCGCCGACAUUCCCACCCUUGUUCUGAUUGACGUUCCCUAUGAUGAAGAGCAACGGCAGAGGCGGCUGUCGAGAGAUCCACGUACUGCUUCUCCCACUUCAACCCGCACCGUAAACCUAGACGUGAACAACCUCGACGAUCUUUAUGGCAUGCACCUCCUUGUCCACAUAUCUUCCGAAAUUCAGUCCCGAAAUGUGUCGAAGCUCGUUAUUCCAGUGGUUGUCUUGAGUGGCUUAGAUCGCGACUGGGCUUCCACAAAUCUACCCUCACCAAGCGUGCAUGGAUCACAAGUUCUGACAGAUACUGUACGACUCGUGCGAUAUCUAGAUGCUGGAGCCGUUGACGUUUUGUCGAGUCCAUUGUCAAAAGACCACGUUCAAGGGUUGGCUGUGCACGCCUAUCGAGUGCACAAAGAGGUGUCGAAAGAAGAAUCCGGAUUUUUGAUCUCCAGAAAGAACCGAAAGCUAUCAUGGGUGGGUGUCGACGACGAAAAACCGUACGCAUAUUUGCGUGAGGCUAUGGUCUCGAAUUUGAUGAGUCGCAUCUGCAACCCUGAAGCUACCAGAGACUCGAUUGAUCCAAAGGACUUUUACAUGGACCCCGAACGGAAAGCGUAUGUAGCCGAAGCCAUCGGGUCAUGGACUUUCUCUGCGCAUGAGUUCACGGAUGACGAGUUACUGUACGGUGCACUCCUCAUGCUUCAGCAUGCUCUUCAAAUGCCCGAUCUAGAAAGUUGGAGAAUGUCUGAAGAUGACUUGCUCGUUUUCCUUAUGGCUAGUCGCAUCGCAUACAACGAGUUCGUCCUGUAUCACAAUUUCCGGCACGUCACGGAUGUCCUCCAAGCCUUAUUUUACUUUCUUGUUCGUAUCGGCACGCUACCAGAAUACGCCAUGGGAAGUCCUCAUCCCGGGAAGUUCGAGAAGCCAGCAAUCGCAAAUCUUCUCAAGCCAUUCGAUGCUUUGACCCUUCUUAUUUCGGCCAUAGGACACGAUGUAGGCCAUCCUGGCGUCAACAAUGCAUUUUUGGUGGCCCUCAAUGCACCCUUAGCUCAACUCUACAACGAUCGAUCUGUUCUGGAGUCCUUCCAUUGCGCGGCUUACUCGCAAAUAUUACGACGAUACUGGCCUGUUGCAUUCUCCGACACCACCAUGCGAAAGUUGAUGAUCAACAGUAUCCUGGCCACUGACAUGGGGCUCCAUUUCAAGUACAUGACCGAACUCGGACAUGUACAAGAGAAGCUGGCUCAUAACGCUGGAGGCAUGGAUGGGUGGAGCCCUAAAGUGCAGGAGGAGUACAAGGACCUGACCUGUGGACUGCUUAUCAAGUGUGCGGAUAUCAGCAAUGUUGCACGCAAAUUCGACGUUGCGGCUCGCUGGGCAAGUGUCCUCACGGAUGAGUUCAGCAACCAAGGCACAAUGGAGCAGGAACUCGACAUGCCAUCCUGCCUUUUUGGUGGACCACCCGUCCUGAAUAACCUUACCAAAAUGGCCGAGUCUCAGAUUGGCUUCAUGAACAUAUUCGCUCGGCCGCUAUUCGAAGCUGUUGCUGACAUCCUACCAGCAAUGCAAUUCAGUGUUGAUGAAAUUCUCACCAACAAAGCCAUAUGGGAGGUCAAGAUUGAGCAAGAGAAGGAGAGCUUGAAAAAAAUGCCCACUAUAAAUUUGGGACUUCUGGCGCCUGGAUAUGACACGGAUCCGACACCGAGCCCAUUUUCUGGAGGACCAGUGAAGUCCUAUCUACACUCGGAAUCGUUACCUGCACCAACGACCAAGCUGGCCUCAAAUGUUCCAGCACCAAGAACAGACGCCACACAGAGGAGUCCUCUGUCUGAUGGUUCCAAUAGAAGCUCGUCGAGCGGCUCACACACACAAUAUGCAACUCCUGCGUCUGGGCCAGAAAGAGGCUCUCGACGUUCUUCGGUGGCCGGACUUCCAAGCCCGCUCCAUCUCAACUCUGUGGAAAACCAAAGCCAUUCUAGGCGUGGAAGUGGCGAUGCGAGUGUUACCGCGAUACUCGUCACCCAAACGCCAACACCACCGGGAAUUGAGAGGCCAAAAGAUGCUCCAUCUGGGUCCCCUGCUCUCCCUGCGUCCCCCUCUAAGCGCAACAAUACCAAAGCGAAGAAAUUGCCUCAAAAGCCAACAAAGAAGUCGAGCAACGAUGGUGAGAAGGAUAGCGCGCGACCAGUGACAGCACCAUCGUCGUCGCGCCGCAGCCAGGGUAAGAAAAAGAACCUGAGCUCAUACCCGCCCUAUACCUCAUCGAGACCUCUAGCCAUAGGCCCUGACUUUGAUUCAGCAACGAAUGUCUUCCCAAUCAGCAAGUCGCCAUCCCAGCGACACUCGGAACUCGACUUGACUCACGGGCACAACGGGAAUCUAGAUGGCUCUCGGGUGCAUGACUGGGAUUCAAGCAAGCUCACCGACGACAGCUCGACGUCCCGGCCCGACGGCGAGCGCGACUUGAGUUGGUGGAGACAAAUGAGCACCCGGCGACGUACUCGGGACCUGAAGCUCUCCAACGAAGAACCCCUGAGCCCGAAUAAGGAGAUGUACCUCGCAACAUCCACAUCGAACACAAAUUCAGGCUACUCAGCAUCGUCGACAAGUCCCAUCCAAGAUCGAGACAAAGUUCCUAAAUGGAGUCGAAUAUUUAGACGGAAAACGAGGGUUCCAAGUGACAAAGGCAGGCAGUACGGUAGCGCUCCCGAUAGCUCCUUGACACUCACUACUCCACCGACCAGCAAUCCCAACGAUGCUUCCAGCGAUAUACACUGAAACUCUUAUGAGCAAUCUAGAUAUCUCCUCUUCCAGGUGCAUCGCCGUUAUUUCUGGGGCCAAACCGAAAGGCUUGGAUCAGUUAGAACGGACUUGCAAGUCAAGCAGUCGCGCUG